AUGCGAUCCAUUGAGGAGACCAGAAGGAGAUGGGAUACGCUGUUCCACCAUUAUGACGACCCCUCCGAUCUCCGGGCAGCCCUGCGCACCGACCAAGGCGCAACCCUGUGCAACGACGGGCUGAGAUCGAUCUGCUGGAAGGCAUUUCUUCUCCUCGAGGACAUCGACCGCGAUCAAUGGCCGCAGAAGCUGACCGAAUCGCGCGAGGCCUACGAUGCGCUCCGGGCCCACUUCCUGAAAUACAUUGAGCAUCCGGAUGACCUGGAGUCGACGGUUGAUCCGCUGGCGGAUGAUGACCAGUCUCCCUGGCAAACCCUCCGCAAGGACGAACAGUUGCGCGCCGAGAUCGCGCAGGACGUCGAUCGGUGCUUGCAGGAGAAUUUCUUUUUUCAGGAACGCGACACCAAGUCGAAAUUAACCGAUGUCUUGUUCAUCUACUCCAAGCUCAAUCCGGAUGUGGGGUAUCGACAGGGCAUGCACGAGCUGUUGGCACCGAUCCUUUGGGUGGUGGAUCGCGAUUCGAUCACGAAGAAAAAUGAUGAUCCGAUGCAGACUCUUUUAGAUUCCAAGUUUGUGGAACAUGACUCGUUCACGUUGUUUCUAUGUGUCAUGCAGACGGCGCGCCUAUACUAUGAACAUGGCGAGAUACGUACGGCCAGUGGCCAGGUGGACGUCAUUCCGAUCGUUGCCCGUUGUCAGUACUUGCAUAAAGAGGCAUUGACGAUCAUCGACCAUGAGGUCGCCGAGCACCUUCACGCAGUUGAUGUGCUCCCGCAGAUAUUCUUGACGCGCUGGAUGCGUCUGCUAUUUGGACGAGAAUUCCCCUUCGACGAUGUCCUGAUGAUGUGGGAUCUGCUUUUCGCACACGGACUACGAUCCGAUUUGGUUGAUUUUACAUGCAUUGCGAUGCUGCUGCGGAUCCGUUGGCAAUUACUCGAAGCGGACUACUCCGGCGCUUUAUCUUUGUUGCUGCGCUACCCCUCCCCCCAGCCGCAAACACCUCAGAGCUUUGUGCACGAUGCCCUCUACUUGGAACAGAACCCCACCGCGGAAGGAGGCUGCGCGAUCAUUGCAAAGUACUCUGGCCGGGCGCCGGAGUCUUCUAAGCGUCGCGGUCAGAUGACCGGCCGACCUUCGAGGAAGGCCCUGUUCUGGGACGAAUUCACAAACUCCAACGAGAAUACCUCUCCGACGAGGUCGCCGGCCCGAAAUAGCCCGAAGAGUCUCGAGGCCCUUUUCCAGGAUGUUUCCAAGGGUAUCCAGCAGCGAACCGAGUCCUGGGGCGUGGCGAAAGCGGUCCGCGGUGCUGUGACUGAAGCCAGAAGGAACAUGCAGACCAUGCAUUAUGAACCCGGCCUGCGUUAUCACCCGCGAAAGCCGGAUGGUUUCGUCCCACCGCGAACGCAACCGGCAACCCUUGAAUGGGAGAUGAAGCUCCAACGCUUGGAAGAGCGCAACAAGACUUUAGCCGGGAACCUUCAAGAUGCGCUGAACAACCUUCACACCCAGUUGGACGGGGUCAAAGAGCUUGAUCCUGGUAACAAGGAUGCCAUCUCGCAAGCGCUCAACCAGGCCGAGUUGGUGCAGAGCUGUCUCGCCGACUCCUCUCUUCCACUAGACUCUGUUCAGCGACUCCCAGAAAUCGAGCGAACCCCCCAACCAACACCGGAUCCAUCGCCAGAUACACCUGCCGAAGAACCCACCAGCAAGACACAGGCCGAAGACCCGCAAGACAAAUCGGAUACCGCGAACACGGAUACCCCCGUGCCGAGCGCCGAGAGUGGGACCAAGAAGCCUGUUAGCGCCGCUGCAACGCAGCUUACGAAUGAUGAUAAUAAUCAAGAAGGGGUGCGGGCCACUCCGCCACGACCGACUGUGCGGCCCUCGCUGGCGGACUCUGGUUUCUCGUGGAUGCUAGGGGGCAGCAGCAGUGGGCGCAACCUGUCGGGGUUUGUCAGCUCAGUAUCGGUGCCACCGGAACAGGCACGCCACCAAGACAGUACUAGUUCCCGAGGCAAAGCAAGCCCGUUGUUUGGACAAGCCGGAGAUGAGGACCAGUCCGCAGCCGAGCACGACGAACUACUGGCGAUGAGCAGUCUCCGGGGCAGCCGGGGCCCACUGUAG